AUGCUGCUGAAUCCAGUGCUGCAGUCGAGUAACACCGUCCCCCAGCGUGGGUGUUCAACAGCAGUAAUUGAGUCUGCGACCGCUGAAUCUCAGUGUGGGGUCUCCACCACGGCGCUGGGAUCUCCCUCCCCCAGUGAAGCCGAAAGGCUGGAAUUAGAAAGAAAACUGGUGGAAUACAGAAAGUCUGAUGAAUACCUAAUGAAGCUAAAAUACAUGAAGCUGAAAAAAUACUUGAAAGAAAUAGAUGAACGACAGAAAGGAGCUAUUCUGCGAAACCAGACCUUUUUAAAGGAAUUCGACCAAUUUGAAGCUCAUAUGAUAGCUUCAACUUCAGAGAUAAUUCAGAAGAUGGAAGCAUGGUUUGGAAGAGAAAUUAAAAGUGUAUUAUCACUUCAAGAGGAUGACUUGUCAGCAGAAGGAGACAAGGAAGAAGAAUACAACAAGCAGAUGCUGCGGUUUGGAAGACGGGCAGGAAUCGACACCAAGGCAGCUGUGCCCAGAGGACUGUAUCAUCCAGCAACAGACUUUAUGGGUCGCCAUACAUCAGCCGUCUUGGAUGCCGGAGGUUUGGGCAUGCAGCAGAAACUCCCCCAGCCCACAAAGAGCUGCCCGGUGCUCAACCCACGUUCAUGCUCUCCAUCACUUCAAGGACUUGGUCCAGAGAGCAGAAGCGCUGAUUUGGAGAGUGAUGCAUCAGUGGAGGGAGCAGCAAGAUGUGGGGACCUGGCAGCUAGGGAGGAAGGCUCUGAGCAGCUCAUCUCCUCAGCAUCUGAUCCCAAACCAGCCGCUCCUGAGGAGGAAUGGCUGCAGGGAAGUGUCCCAGGAUCAAAGCCUUGCCCGAGUAACUUGUGGACUUGUAAGGAGGCGAGCUGGGAGAGCAGCGUUGAACUCCCAGUCCCCGCAAGUGCUGAGGAGGUGAUGCCAAGCACUCCUGGCGUGCUGCGGGGAACGGCCUCACCAGCAGCCAGCUGGGAGCGGGGCAGGGGUGCCUGUACUGCAGAGGGCUCCCUGCUGCAACCACCAAACCUCCCCGCGGUGCGGGAGCUGCCCUUGGUCAGCUCAGCACCAGACAGGCACCGCGGGACACUGGCAGGACUCUGCCAUGUGCUGCAGUUGGUAGAAGAUGUGGUGGUGAGGGCAGGGCCCCAGCACCGGCUGCUGUACCAGGGUGAGCACCUGAGGACGAUGGGGGCGGCGGAGCUGCUCAGCUUUUGUAAUCGGGCUGAGAGUCUGAAAGAAGACGACCUUGAAGCAUGCGAAGCAGUCGUCCUUCAUCAGCUUCGGGCUUUAUUACAGAGCAUGCUGAAUGGAUGCCUCCUACCUGAGAAAACACUUGAUGCUAAAGGUAGAGCAAUGGAUGAAAAGAAAACCAGGCCAGACCAGCAGUGGGACAUGGACAUGCUGCGGACUUGCUUGAGCAGCCACGCCUUGUUCUUGAAGAAGCACCAGGUUCAGCUCACGGAAGAAGUGGCGGAGAUGUUUGAAAGGCUACUGGCUUCCAGCAAGAAGGCGCAGGAUGGCCAGACUGUACCGGUGUUGAGAGAGGUCAUUCCAGAAGAGUGUGGGGAUAGGUCAUCUGUUCAGAGUAAUGAAUCAUCUUGCAGCUUGCCAUCGAUCCCAAAUGACGGCGGCGAACUAAAGCAGGCCAAACACACUCCCCAGCUCGCUGGCACGGGAGAACAAGAAGUCGCAAGCUGGUGUGAAGAUGAGAGCAAGGAAGAAAGCCCGGUCGAAAAGAUUCCUAUUACAGGUUGGGAUAGUGGCGAUAAUAGUUCCAAAGCAAAUGAAAGCCAAGAAGUGCAUUCGGAAACUUGUUCUUCGUCAAAUGAAAGAAGUCCUCCCUUUUCAAGGACUGAAACUACGAAGGGAGUGGUAACUGCUAUAAAAUCCAAAGCUUUCUGGGGCGAAUCUGACGACAGCAGCUCUGAGAUUGAGGCUGCUUUGCGCCCACAAACUCAUGGCACAGAAGGAGAUGAAUUUGAUGACUUCUAUGACUGA